CUAAAAUACAUUUCAUUAUUAAACAACUUAAAAUUUUAAAGCCGAUUAUUCUCACUAAGAAAUUUUUGGGACAAGGGCCCUCAAAAAAAAAAAAAAUGACUUUUUAUUAUUUUUUUUUUCUUUUUUUCUUUUUCCUCUCUUAACAUAAUUAUUAAUUAACCAUGGUCAAGCUUGAAGAAGUCUCUGCAGAUCAAUACGAAGAAGUUGAAGUCUCAAGUGAAGACGAAUAUUCCGAUUUCUCUGAUGAUGAUUUUGAUGAAGAAGAUGAAUCUAUCGUGGAUAGAAUUGUUGCUUUAAAGGAUAUUAUUCCAUUAAAACAUAGAAACAGAAUUUCUAAUAGCGUAUCUACAUUAACUUCUUGGGGAAAGACAGGUGCUACCUUUGUAGGUAAAAGUGCUUGGGUCAUUACAACUUCCAUGUUCUUGUUAGUUUUGCCUUUGGCUUUGGAAAUUGAAAAAGAACAAGCAUUAGUUGCUUAUGAAAAAGAGGCUAUGCAGCAACAAGGCACACAACAGAUGUUAAACUCUGGUAAUAUGUAUGGACAAGCUCUUACUGGCCCUGCCACAACAGCCACAACAACUUAGAGCACCCGGCUUCUAAAUUUUCCUAGAAAAAAAAAAUACUAUAAUAUGUAUACUUGCUUGUCUAUUUUAUAUAAUCACACAUACACAAACAAACAAA